AUGGCACCUCCCAUCUUGUACAAUUCCCCCGCACGGGGCAUCUCCUACUUCACACCCGCACAAUACCCAGCUGCCGGCACUGCAGUCAACCCCCAGCCCGACGGGAAGCUCAUCCCGAAGAUUUUCCAGCCGUUGAAGAUUCGUGGUGUGGAGUUCCACAAUCGUAUCUUCCUGUCGCCGUUGUGCCAGUACUCUGCAGAGAAUGGUAAGGUCAGCGCAUGGCACCUGGCCCACUUGGGCGGUAUCUUCACACGCGGGCCGGGCUUGACUGUCGUGGAGGCGACCGCAGUGCUGCCAGAGGGACGCAUUACCCCCGAAGACGUUGGGCUCUGGAGCGACGAGCACAUCGAGCCGUGGCGUAAGAUCGUCGAGUUCGCGCACUCGCAGAACCAGAAGAUCGCGGUUCAGCUUGCGCAUGCAGGCCGCAAGGCGUCGACUUUUGCGCCGUGGAUCCAUCCGGGCGCCGUCGCCCCCAAAUACGCGAACGGAUGGCCAGAUGAGGUUGUUGGCCCGAGCGCGGUCCCGUUCAAUGACCUCUUCCCUAAGCCGAAGGAGCUGACCAAGGAGGGUAUUCAGAGGGUUGUUGAAGCGUAUGUCGCCGCGGCGCACCGCGCGCUCUUGAUUGGCUUCGAUGUGAUUGAGAUCCAUUCCGCACAUGGCUACCUCUUGGGAGAGUUUUUGAGUCCCGCGUCCAACAAGCGCACGGACGAGUACGGUGGGAGCUUCGAGAACCGGACGCGUUUCCUGCUCGAGGUGGUGGAUGCCGUGCGUGCCGUCAUUCCGGCUUCCAUGCCUCUUUUCCUCCGGAUCUCCGCGACCGACUGGCUUGAAGAGUCGUUGGUCAAUCAGCCUUCCUGGCGUAGCGAGGACACUGUUCGCCUUUCAUCCAUCCUCGCCGAACACGGGGUCGAUCUGCUGGAUGUCUCCAGUGGCGGAAACCACCCUCUGCAGAAGAUUAAAGGCGGUCUCGGAUACCAGGUGCCGUUCUCCGAGGCUGUCAAGAAGGCGAACGGUGACAAGCUCCUGGUCGGUGCUGUUGGCGCAAUUACAGAGGGCAAGUUCGCGGAGAGUAUCCUCGCUAAGGGCCAGGCCGACGUUAUCUUUGUUGGGCGUGGAUUCCAGAAGAACCCUGGGCUUGUAUGGUCGUUUGCAGAGGACUUGGGCGCGACCAUCAACGUUGCACACCAGAUCGAGUGGGGAUUCUUAGGUCGUGGAUCAAUUGCGCGAAGAGAUGCGGCGCUCUGA